UGAACUCAAGUGCCUCGAGUUUUUUUUUCGUGUAAUGUGAACGAUCGCUUACUCAGAAGUUGAACAAGCAAAAAAAAUAUUUUUUUUCUCGGGAAUGGGGUUCACAAAAUAAUUUCAGCAUGAGUAACAGUAAUUACUCAGAAGUACAUUCAUGGUUCGAAAAGUCUGGAGUCAUAUCAAGUAUACGAACACAUCUUAGACAAAAUUUGGUAAUUGCUCUGAAAAACAACGCGUCUUCUCGUGAAAUUAAGACAGACUUCAGAUCAGCAAAGCAAUAUGUCUACGACAUGUUAAUUGCUGAAUAUUUGUUGAAUUAUAAUUACUUUUACACGUUAUCGGUAUUUGCAAGUGAAACACCUCUACUAAUUAACCUUCAUCAACAAGCCGAAGCAUACACUCAGAGCACUGAAAAGUGCAAGAAAAAUAAGCUACCUAAUGACUACGUUUAUCACACACUCCAAACUCUGGGAAUAAGCCCUGAGAAAUCUAAUGGACAAGAUAUUCUGUCUUGUUACGCUGAUGGUGAUUCGCCACUGAUUCUGUGCAUUCUUAAAUCUUUAAUUCUAUGUUUUUCCAAUACAAUGUUUGAUAAAAAUGAGGCGGCGAAAGUACAUACCCAUAACCGACAAAUACAAACUGAUCAUACCAUUCCAACUGAGUCUUUCGAAACAAUUGCUCUGUUGGAUGCAAAGAAAAAGUUGUUUCAACAAAAGGAACUUUUUACUACUCAGUUAAAGAAUAAGGAAUUCGAGUUAAGGGAACAGGCAUUAUCAAUAGAACGACAAUUAGCUACACUCAAUGGAAAACUCCAACAUGCGCAGAACCUUAUGCAACUCGCGGAUUCAAAAGAAAAUCGUCUGGCACAAGAGAAAUUGAAAAAUGAACAAAGACUGGCGAGCAGAGAACUAGAGUUGUCGGUAAAAGAAAAGCUACUUUCUCAAGAAGCUGACAGGUUACAAAAAGAACGAGUUAGUUAUAGAACGUUUGAAGGAGACAUGAAAAAGCUGCAGGAAGAAUUAAUUAAAGUUCGAAAUGAAAUUCCUGCUGAAUCUGCGAAUUUUAGUACAAUAAAAAAAGAUGGGUGUGUACAAACAGGUAUUUCCGUUAGCUCGUCAAACACAGAAGAAGUGCGUCUGCUUUGUGAAGAAAAACAAGAAUUAUCUAGUCUUAUAAGAGAACAGCAGUCAAGAAUCGAAGAAUUAACGUUGCGCGUUGUUACAUUGUCCAGACAAUUAGAGGAGGCUGUAUUAUCAAGGCCUCCCGAUAAUAGAAAUGUCAAUGUGAAUAAUGGAUUCAGCGAAAGUAGUUCAACCGAAGAUAUCUUGCAAGAUGCAAAAAUGCGACUUAGGCGACUAGAAGCAGAAAGUUUAAAAGCAGAUCAAUAUUUUCAGAGCUGUAUAACUACUUCUCCAUAAUAAAUGAAUUAAUAAUUAAA